AUGACACGCGCGUCCCAAGUCAAGCCCGCGUUCGUCAUGCUCUCCCGCCAACUUCAGACACGGCCACCGCCGUUGUUCCGUACAGCGGAAUUUCAGGUGUCUGCGCUACGUUGCCUGCACACGGCUGCCGAAGAAGGUUCAGGUGCCAUGCUGGAAGGAGCAGCCAAAACGGCACAGGAACAGCACAGCCCGCUAAGUCUACCAAAGUUCGGCCUUGGACUUGCCAAGGGCAUUCAGCACAAGGUCGAGAUAAAGUCGUCAGCCUCUCCAGUCGUGCAAAAGCUCAGACGUUUGCCUCUUUCUCUGCGCAAGCCGGUUAGCGACCAGCUUGAGCGUCUUCUUUCUGGUGAUGUCAUUGAAAGGGUUAACGCUUCCGAGUGGGUUUCUCCUAUCGUUGUAGUCCGCAAGAAGGACGACAGUGUCCGCCUCUGCGUUGACUUAAGAGAGCCUAACAAAGCGAUUGUAGUCGACAGCUUUCCCUUGCCCCAUACCGAAGAGCUUCUACACUCUCUGAAUGGAGCACGCCACUUUUCAAAGUUCGAUUUAGCUUCUGCCUAUUACCAGGUGCUGCUUCACCCAGAUAGCGGAGACCUCACUGCUUUCAUUACGCACGAUGGCCUUUUUCGUUUCAAAAGGGUGCGCUUCGGACUGGCAUCAGCCCCAGCUGCGUUUCAACACCUUAUGACAACGGUCCUGCGAGGCUGCAAAGGGGUACUGUGCUACCCAGACGACAUCAUUAUCUUUGGCAGGACUGAAAAAGAGCAUUUGAGAAAUCUGGAGCAAGUUCUUCAACGAAUCUCUGAAGCUGGACUUAAGCUCAAUGAUAAAUGCGUGUUUAAUGCAUCGGAGUUACCAUUUUUUGGGCAUCGCGUCAGCUCGGAAGGAAUAGCUCCCCUUGUGGGAGAUGUGGGGUUCUCCUCCCGUGCUCUUGGGACAAAGGAACGACAGCACAACACAGAAGAUGACCUUCAGAUUGAAGAGGAAGUUGUGUCUCUGGCCACGUCUUCAGUUCAUGUCAAUGACCUUCGACUUGCUACAGCCGAGGAUUGCAAACUCCAGGAGGUUCAUUUUGUUCAGACAUCAUGGCCAGCGAAGAAAUCUUUGACUGCUGAACUGACUCCUUACUAUGAGGUCCGGGAGGAAUUGUCAGUAGCAGAUGGUCUGCUUAUGCGCUCGGAGCGUAUUGUGGUUCCAGCCAAGCUCACUGCUACGUUUAUUCAGCUUGCUCAUGAAUCGCACCCGGGAAUUGUGAAGACCAAGCAACGUCUUCGUGAAAAGUACUGGUGGCCAGGUCUGGACAAACAAGUAGAGACUGCCAUCCGAAACUGCACGGUCUGUCAGUCGGCAGACAAAAGUGCUAAGAGCUAUCCCACUCCACUACAACCAGUGGCCCUUCCAGAUAAACCUUGGAGCAAGAUAGCUAUUGAUAUUGUGGGCCCAUUUGAGCGUGCACCAGCCGACUGCCGUUUCGUUAUAUCGGUUGUUGAUUAUUUUUCCAAAUGGCCAGAAGUUGCUUUCUGCAGGGAUGUGUCUUCCACUAAAGCGAUGGACUUCCUCCUGUCAAUAUUUGCACGAGAAGGCUACCCCGACGAACUGGUCUCUGAUCAUGGACCACAAUUUACAUCCCGAGAAUUCGAGUCCUUUCUUCAAGACAGGGGCAUCAAGCACAGCUUCUCGGCUGUGUAUCACCCACAGUCAAAUGGACAAAUGGAAAGGUUCAACCAUGUGCUCAAAUCUUAUAUUCAGUUGGCCUUGCUAGAGCAGCGACCAGUGAAGAACACUGUUACAGAGCACUUGGGGAUCUUCAGAGUUACUCCUCACAGUACCACUGGCCUUUCUCCAUGGCCGGCACAUAAGGACAUCCUUGGACGUCAUCGGACAUCCCACCUCUAG